GGAAAGAGAAACUUUUGGCCGUUUCGUCCAUUUCGAAAUGAUAGUUUGAUCCAUGGCUGCAUGAUUAGCUGGCAUAAGGUUCAUUUCCAGAAUGCCAACAUGAAUUCACUGGGAACCGGAUUCUUAGUGAUGUGAUUUUGCCUCAAGAUAUGGGUCAAAACAACGCUAAUCUUCCUGUCUUUCAUUUUCCUCAAUCAUCCUCCUAUUUGAAUGCCAGAAAGGAAGAGAAUGACAGCAGUUUACCCUGUCCUUGCUUAUAUCUGCCUUCCCUAAAAUUGGCACGGGACAUAACAAGGCAGACGGAGACGAGAAAAGGGGAGCCGAUUUGCAGCGUAGCAUCAGUUGCUUGUGCACAAAGAUGGUGAUUCACUAGAUUGGCUUUAUGAGGCUUGGCCGUCUGACUUACCAUAUACAGCAAUCAUCUCAGGGAUUUAAUUAUUGAUGGUGUAGAUAUGUACAUGCCACCUGAAAAUUUAGAGAUUAAUCUUAUGCGCCAAGGUGUGGAAUAGCUGUUUAAAAUUUGUGUAAGAUUUUUAUUUUUUUAUUUAGAUUUUUACCGUUUGUUCUUUCUUCUUCACCUGUAAGAUGGUUGCAACUUGCAAGUGUAUAAAGCAUGUUUUCUUCUACUAUGAAAAACGAUGUGUAGCAAACUGGUGAUUAAAUCUUC